AUGUUGAAUAAUGUUAAUCAAAGUAUUUAUAACUUUAAGGAGCUCGCUCGACAGUUAGAAGCAUGCGUACAGUGUAAUUCAACAGAUAUUGAAGUGAUGCGAGAAAUAUAUUCAGAAUGUAAAAAAAAUUUAAGUAAAUUAGAGAAAAUGACAUUGGAGGCGCUAGAAAGGGGAAAUUUAGGCUUAUUCGAAAAGCUAGUCGAGGCAUCAACGCAAAUAAAUCAAUCACUUCAUACUUUCGAGGAUUUUGAAAAAAAACCAAAAGAAAGAAAAAUGGGAUAUUCAAAAACAAAUGAAAUGAGAAACAUAAGUACUGAAACGAGAAAUUUAAAAAAAAAAAAAAAUGGAACAAGAGAAAAAUUGUAUAAAGGUAUAGAUGAUGAUGAUAAAAGAUAUUUAAAUAGAAGCCGAAGUGGAAGUAAAAAUAGAAGAAAAGAAAAUGAAUACAGAAAAAAGAAAAAAGAAAAAAAGCGAAAAAAAAAAAAUGAUCAAAGUGGUGAUAAUAGUAAUAAAGAGGUAAACAUAAAUGAUAAUUUUUUUUUUAAAUCAGAUUCACAAGAUUCUUUAAAUAAAUAUAUAAAGAAUUUUAAUGGUACAAAUGGAAUUAAUGAAUAUGAUAAUAUAGACGAUUAUUUAAUGGAGUUGAAUGAAAAUGAUAAAAAAAAAAAAAAAAAAAAAAACUACUCAAAAUCGAAAAAAUCCGAUUCUAAUAACAAUGACGGUGACGAUUUUUUAAACAAUAAUGAUUUAAAUUCUUUUAACAGCUUUGAUGAUUCAAAUAAUGAAAAUAAAAAUAAAUCAAAUAAACUAGAAAAAACAUCUUCAAAAAAUUCAAUAGUUAUAGCUACUCAUAUAUAUGAUAUUAUAAAUGUGUCGUUAGAUUUAAAAAGUGUAAGUAUUUAUUUAACCCUAAAAUCCGCAGACAAAAAAAUUAAUAUUAGAAAAAAAAGUAAAAGUUCAAAUGUGGAAAAUUGUUCUAUAAAUUUGUCAGAAUUUUUUGAAUAUAAUGUUCCACAUUGUAAACAAUUAUUUUUAAUUAUUGAUAUAAUAGAUAACAGUACAAAUAAAGCGUAUUAUAAAUGUUUAAUAAAUUUAAAUAAGCACGUUUUGAAAAAAACUAAAUACUUAGUUCCAGCAGCAUAUUUAUUAACAAAAAUCACAGAAAAUUUCAAUCCUGAAAACGAAUUAAAAAAUAAUAAAACUGUGUGUAUAGAAGCAACUGAUUUAGCUUCGAGUAUAAAUAUUCCAAAAGAUAAUAUGAAUCAAAAAGAACCUAAUGGUAUUAAAUUUAUAGGUCCCACCAUUAAUAUAUAUCCCCACAAAAAUAACAAUCUAAAUAAUGAUAACCUAUUUAAUAAUUCUAAUAAUAAUUUCCCAAAUUUUACUAAUUUCAAUUUUAAUAACAAACAUAUAAAUAAUAACAUGAAUAAUUUUAAUUUUGCAAGUCGAAAUUAUUUGAACCGUAAUAUGAGCAAAUUUAAUUAUAACAAUCCAAAAUAUAAAAAAAACAAUUUUACCAAUUUUGCUUUCCCGUCUAAUUUUGGUGUCAAACAUGGUGGCAAUAUGUUCAUGUCUGAACCCAAUUUUGUUACCCCAACUUUAAAUCCAAAUUUUAUACAACCAAAUAUGCCAAACUCCAAUUUUAUUAACCCUAAAAAUAUGGUACCUAAUAUUAAACACAACAUACUUAUGACUCCUGAUUUUGUUAAACCAAACUUUUCUAACCCGAAUAUGAAUACUCUUAAUUUUGUAUAUCCAAAUUUCGCCUAUUCUAAUGGGCCUGAGAAAAAUAUGAAUAAUGUACACAACUCUUUUAACAUUUCGAAUGAAUGUAAUGAUGCGAAAAAUAUAAAUAAUAACAAAAACGAUAAUGAUAAAAUAAGUGAUAAUUAUAACGCCAUAAGCAAAAUAGUUAACAUAGAUAAUAUUGAAAAUAUUCGAAACAAAAUAAUGAAAGGAACCGAUGAAAAUAAAAACAAAGCAGAUAACAAUAAAGAAGAAAAUGAACAAAAUCAUCAAGUAUUUUCAACUAAUAAUCCAUAUGUAAUAAUGAAUGUUUUUCUUAAAACUAAAGACUUUGAUCAUGAAUCAGAGCUAAUGAAAUAUAAUAAUUUGAAUUUAUAUAAACAAUUAUAUAAAUUAAGCAAUAAGGAGAAAAUAUUUUAUGAAUCUAAAAAUGUUGAAAAUGAGAAAAAAAUUGAACAACUUGAUAAAGCUGUAAUGCUUUUGGAAAUAUAUAAUGAGAGUUAUGUAGAUGCUAAUGAUAAGUUAAAAAAUAUAAUAGAAUCUAAUAAAGAAAUAAUAGAUGUAAUUGAAAAAAUAGUAAAGAAAAAAAAUAGUAAAAUAGAGAAAUUAGAAAAAGAAAAUGAAAGAAUUCAUGAAGCCGAAAAAAUUAUUCAAGAAAAUAAAAAAAAAAAUAAUUAUUUAUCAGAAAAAAUAUAUAAACUUAAUAAUCUAUUUAAUGACAAUAAAUUGAAAUUAAAAGAUUUUAACCAAAUAAAUAAUAAUCUAAAUACUAAAGUUAGUAGACUAUUAUAUCAAUUGCAAAAUGCACAACUGAAAAACGAAAAACUAUUGUUUUAUUUAUCAUUUUUAUUAAAACAUAUGCAUAAAAAAAAUUUAACUAAUGCAAAAAAUUUCUUAAAUAUAAUGAAAUUAAAAAAAAUGAAUUGGGAUAUCGAAAAUACGGCAGUAGAUUAUUAUGAUACAUUCAUGGAAGAUGUAACAAAUAAUUACAAUUUUAUAAAAAAUAAUUCAAAUAUAAAUAAUAUGGCCAUAGAAAACUAUAUAGAAAACCAUAAAGGAGGAAACGCAAAACAAAAAUUAUUGGGGGAAAUACUACAGUUUUGCAAUAAUGAAGAAAAAAAAAAAAAUUCAAACAUCAGGAAUGAUAUUAAUAACAAAAAUGAAAAUCAAAUUUAUAUUAGUAACAAUAUAUGCAGCAAUAGUAGUGAUGAAAACAAUGCUUUGGAAUGUUAUAGCAACCAUGAGCAAGUAGAAUUAAGUAUUGAGAAUAAUAAAUUAAAAAAAAAAAAUCCACUACAAUCAGAAGAUGACGAAUUUUUAAUGGAUGAAUGUUUAAUGACUGAAUAUAAGAAGUUUGUAUCUACCACAAACCUUAAUAAAACACAAGAAAAACGUGGACAAAAUAAAAAGGGAAUAUACAAUAAUAUAAAUAUUAGUACCAGUACAUAUGAUAAUGAUGAAUACCAAUUUAAUUGUAUCACAAAUGAUGUAAAUGAUGUGAUGAGCAAAUCCGAAAAAAAUAGAAAAAAGGGAGAGAAAAAAAAAAAAGACUAUAAUAGCUCUAAUGAAGAAUUAGACAAAGUAAUUAAUAAUAAGUCUUUGAACAAAAUUAAUACAUCGAAACUUGAAAAUAAUAAUGAAUAUUCUGAUGUUUAUGAAUUUAAUACGAUAAAAAACGAGACAUCUAGCGAUUCAAAUAAUACAUGUUCUUACAUAAAACAUGCUAAUGAAAAGAAAGAUAAGGAUAAAUCAAAAAAAAAGACGAAAAAUGAAAAAUAUAAAGAUGAAUAUUUAAAAGAAAAAGAUGGCAUCACAUUUGAAAAAACAAGGGAUUGUACAUUUAAAGGAAUCAACUAUGAUGGUAUUAACACGAAUAGUCAUAUGCAUAAUGAGAAAAGAAUGGAUUUUUUUGAAGAAAACCAUAUUUCUGAAAAUAGUCAAGAUGAAGAAGAAACAAAUUUAAAAAAAAAAAAAAAAAGUUCAAACAAAUAUAAAAAAAAUGAAUACAAUAAUGGUGAAGAUAAUACAGAUAAAAAAAAAAAGAAAAUGAUAAAUAAUGUAUACGAGACUCAAGGUACAAAAGGAGUAAUAACAAAAGGUAAAGACAAAAAAAAUAUGCUCAGCGAUAGUUAUUUAAGCAAUGAUGAUAAAAAUAAAAGAAAUAAAAAAAAUAAAGAAAUCUUCUUUUCUACAAAGGAAGUUGAAUUUGAAGAAUAUAAUGAUGACAUAAAGGAAGAACAAAAUCAAGAUUUAAUUAAAAAAGAAAAGAAAAAUAUAAGCAAAUCGAAAAAUACAUAUAAUAUUGGGGUUAGAAAAACGCCUGAUGAACAUUUAAAUGAUUUUAAUGAUUUUGAAAAAAAAUUCAACUAUUUUGUAAAAGUAUCUAGUAAUAUAAAAAAAUAUAUUUUAUCAAAUGAUAAUGACGGUGAUAAAAUUAACUAUUUAAUGAAUUUAAAUAAAAAAGGAUAUUUUAGAAAAAUGACAAAAAUAAUAGGCAAAUGUAAUGAAAAUGAACCAGAAAAUAUAUCAUAUCCAAAUAAUUUCCACAAUAUUCAAUUAAAAUCGAAUUUUAUAACAGAAGAAGAAUUGAACAAUCAUAAAGAAUAUUUGAAAGCAUUUUAUAUCAAAAACACAAAGGGGCUGAUUUUUCAAAACUCAAUUAUUAAAGUUUAUGUAAAAUUAUACUGCCACAAUAAUAAUUCUACUGAAAAUAGUAAAAUGUCAAAUACCAACAAUGAGAACCUUAUUAGUGCUAAUAAUAUUAUAAAAUUAAAUGAUAAAAAAAACGAUAACAUAUAUAUGAAUAUUUAUAUAAAAUCUAUUUUAUAUAAUAUUAUAUAUGUUAAUGCGGAUUUAAAUGGAAACAAUAUGGACAAUAUUAAAAUUAUAAGAAAGAAUUUGAAAAAAAAAUCCAAUGAACCAUUAGAAGAAAAUUAUUAUAUUAACUUAAAAAAAAAUGAAGUAUGCUUAUUAUAUACUCUUGGAUUUAAAAAAAAAAUACUAAAUAUUUUACCGUUAGUUUUAAAUGUGAAAUGUUUAAAUAAUGAUAACACAUCAAUUAAAUUAAAAAUUUCCUUACCACUACCUCAUAUGUUUAUGCUUAAACCAAAUUGUGAAUGUUUAAACAUAUUUAUAAAUAAGUAUUCAGAGAAAAAUAAAUGUCAUUACAAAUCUUAUUGUUAUCAUAUGGCGAAUCUAGAAACAUUUAAUCGUUUUAUUAAUACUAUCAAAUUAUAUAAAUCCUUUAACAUUUUUCAUUUUGAUUCAUAUAAUGUUUUACACAGUGCAUAUCCAAUUGAUGAAAAUAAAAUGGCACUUUUGUUAAUUUUUAGCGAAUUUUCUCAUAGAAACCAUAAUAUUCCGAAUGAUUUUGCCAAGUUGCAUUUUAUUUCUAUUUCAAAUAGUUUGAUUCAAUUUGCAGUUAACUUGUUUAGCCAAAUUUUGUAG